AUGGGUACCCCCCCCCUACCGGGCGAUUCUAUGUUUAGGCGCGAGAAACAUUUCUGCUUUGCAGAUUCCACUUACGACAUUGUCAUUGCUUCUUACCUGAAUCGGGGUACCAAAUCCCUUCCAGAUUCGCUUGACAGGAUUCAGCGUCUCCUCAGGCCCGGUGGAUCCCUCCUGCUGAUAGAAGAUAUCAAAGAUCAGAUCGAUGUGGAGUUCGUCAGCAAGUUGGUUUCUGAUCAGCCGCUGACCGAGAAGCGCAAGGAACCGGAAGCUACAAUGGCCGCCAAUGGGUUCUGGGAUCAUCAUCUUCGGAGCGCUGGAUUCACCGAACCCAUUCUCGAGCUGCCUGACUGCGAAGGUGAAACCUGGAGCUCAAUGAUAAUCUUGUCAACCGUACCAAUAUCCUCAUCUCAGAGGAUAAAUCCAAGCAACUUCAUCCUCGUUACGAGCCAUAAAAGUGGUCCUCCCCCGGCAUCAUGGCUGGAGAGUCUCCAGGAUUCGAUUUCCAUUUUCACGAACAGCUCAGAAAGAAACGAAGUGGUUGUUCAUAAUCUUGAAACUGUCGUCGCCAAACCCGAAAUUCUCUCCGGCAAAAUUGCCAUCUUCGUAGGCGAAAUGAACGAGCCCAUUCUCUAUGACCUCGAUUCAGCAUCCCUAGAAGGGGUGCGUGCCAUGAGUACCUCCUGUCAAGACCUACUCUGGGUCACUCGUGGUGGUGCUGUUGACUGUGAAAGGCCCGAUUUGAGUCUUGCUCCUGGAUUUGUUCGCUCUCUUCGCAGCGAAUACGUUGGUCGUAAACUCCUGACAAUGGAUUUAGACCCCAAAGGACCACAGUGGUCCGAGGUCGGUGCGUCUUCAAUCGCACGGGUACUUUGCGAUGCUUUUAGCGAUACCGGGAAUGAUCAAUCCGCAGAGAAGGGCCCGGUGGAACUGGAAUUUGCCGAGAGGGAUGGCGUGAUCCUUAUCCCUCGAAUCUACCAUGAUGUGUUGAGAGAUAGAAUCCUUUCCUCUCGCGCUCUGAAUGCCGACACGCGGGAGAUGGUGGCUCUUGAACCGUUCUAUCAGUCAGAUCGGCGUCUUACCUUGCGACCCGAUUGUCUGGCCUUCAGUGAUGAUGAGUCUGUCCUUGAAAAUUCAGCAGUGCUUUCCUCGUCUUCAAUUCAACUCGAACCCAGAGCCUUUGGGGCGUCCUUGCGCAGAGGAGAGAAUUCUCUGACCAGUUUUGAAUGCGCGGGAACUAUCACCCAAAUUGGCACUGAUGCAGCCUCGCGAGGCUUCUCUGUUGGUGACCGUGUUCUAUGUCUGUCAAAUGGAUCGUCAUUUUCGAACCGGGUGGUAGUGGAUUGCAGCUGUGCGAUCCACGUCCCUGCUGACAUGACCUUCCAAGAGGCAGCAUCAAUACCCGUGGCAUUUCUCACAGCAUAUUUUGCACUCGUGGAGAUGGCACGGUUACAGAACACCCACUCUGUCCUGAUUCAUGACGCAGCCGGAGAUAUCGGACAAGCAGCCAUCAUGAUUGCACAACACCUGGAAGCAGAAAUAUUCGCAACCGUCGACGGCCCCAGUGAGCGGAGCUUGGUCAUGCUGAAGUAUGGCAUACCUGCCGACCACAUAUUCAGCUGUAAAGAUGCAUCAUUUGGCCCUGCAACUCGCCGAUCUACGAAUGGCCGUGGAGUCGACGUUGUACUCAACUCGCUACCCGGACAGCUCCUUCAUGAGAGCUUUAAACUUGUAGCACCCCUUGGCCAUUUUAUCGAAACCGGAUGGCGAGAUUCGGAGGAAAACAGCUUUCUGGAGAUGCGACCUUUCUCUUAUGGCAUUUCCUUCGCGGCUGUUGAUAUCCACAGUCUGUUGAAGCAUCGGUCCCCAGACGUUCACAGAUGUUUGAAUGAAGUGAUGCAGCUCAUCAAGGCCAAGGCAAUCACACCAGUGCAUCCUAUUGAUAUAUAUCCCUUGGGGGAAAUUUCGAAGUCGUCUCACCUUCAGAAUGAACGCUAUCUAGGCAAAGCUAUUUUCUCGGCUAGCCCGGGUGACGUGGUUCCGGUUUUGCCACGGACAGGGGCAGCAAAUCUUUCUGGCGUUGUCUCCUACUUGAUCGUGGGUGGCAGCGGUGGCCUCGCACAAUCGGUGGCGCACUGGCUGGUUUCCCGUGGAGCGAGGAAUCUUAUCCUCCUUUCACGCAGCGCUGCUAGAAGUGAAAACACAGCGGCACUUGCUGAUGAGCUUCGCGAAGCAGGAUGCCACCGCGUCUUGCCUGUCAGCUGUGACGUCGCCAACGAAGAUGACCUAGCCCGGGCCAUCGAUUUAUGCGCUCAGGAGGGCCUGCCAGUCAUCCGGGGUAUUAUCCAUGCUGCUUUUGUUCUCAGGGACGCGUUCGUGGAGAAAAUGAAACUGGAAGACUGGAAGGCUACGAUCCAGAGCAAGGUUGCUGGCGCAUGGAAUCUUCACAAUCAGUUCAACAUACCAGGCGAUGUCGAAUUCUUUGUGCUCUUCUCUUCCAUCAACGGAAUCCUUGGCUAUGCCAGUCAGUCGGCAUACUCGGCUGCCGGUGCAUACGAGGACGCCCUGGCACACUGGCGCGUUAAGCAGUGCGGUCUCCCUGCCGUUUCAAUUGAUCUCUCCGUUGUGAAUGCGGUCGGCUAUGUCGCGGAGGCCAGUUCAUCCGAGGCCCUUCGCAGAUCCCUUCUCAAGGCCGGACGCAGGGUAAUUGAUGAGGAUCACGUCUUAUCCUCACUUGAGUCGGCCAUCAUAAACCCUUAUGACCCCCAAUUUAUUGUAGGUGGCAUAAACUCAGGCCCUGGACGCCACUGGGACGCUGAUGGUGAUCUUGGUCGUGACAUGCGUGUCUUGCCCCUCAAGUAUCGCCCACCCGUUUCCAGCGGACAGGAACAGGAGCAAAAUGGCAACGACUCCCUGGCAUCACAGAUAUCUGCAUGCAUAUCCCGCGAUGAAGCCACCCGAGUCGUGGGGAAAGCCAUCGCGGAAAUGCUUGCCGAUAUGUUCUUGGUUCCUGUUGAAGAAGUCGACCUGGGCCAGUCACCAUCACAGCAGGGUGUCGAUUCACUUGUUGCUGUGGAAGUGCGGAAUAUGCUCUUUAGCCAUGCUGCCGCCGAGCUGUCGAUUUUCAAUAUCAUCCAAAGUCCCAGUCUGAGCUUUUUGGCAGCAGAUGUCGUGGACCGGAGCCCUCAUGCCAAGUUCUCAACGGCAUGA